GGAAGAGUAGCUUCUUGUUUGGACAGCCUCUCCCGAAGCUCAAAGGAUAACCGUAAUAAGGGACUGAAAAGUGCAAUGAAGUCCGAAAGGUGGUGAACUUGUGACUGGUCAACUUGUAUCACGCAGAGUGGCUGCAUUGAGUGACAGCAUCUGCUUGGACGCUGAGUCUGAAAGAGAAGGCAGGCACUCAUAGCAACUUAACUUACCUUUAGUAGGUCGUCAGCGUUGGCCCUUGCAGAUCUCGUCGUUGGAGACCCACCAAAAUGGCAGAAGAUAGUAAAGUUCCCACCGUUGAAGAUGGACUUGCGACAGGGGUACAAUCUGUGGGGGGCGUUCCUGUGCUGAUGAAGGAACAAUUGCCCGUAGCAGUGACGUUAGAUGAGGAGGACGUUGAUGCGGCGAAGGAAAAGGAGAGGGUCCUGGCGGCAUUUCACUCAACAGCGCCAGAAGCGGUACCCAAAUCAGCAUCUGAAACUGCGCCAAAGGGAGAGACAAAGCAGGUUGGCCUGGCUACAGGAGUCCAGUCUGUCGGUGGCCUGCCUGUUGUGGCAAAGCAGGUCGCAAGCGCUGAGAAGGAUGAUGACGCAAACGAUGCAGCCAGGGAGAAAGAGAGGGUCUUAGCAGCAUUUCACAGUGAUAUGCCACCAGCAGAGGUGGCAGCUACUCCUCCAGCAGCAAGUGAAUCUGCGCCGAUCGAAGUUACAGGAGAUGGGGAACCAGUGUCAAAAGCAGGCAAGAAGGGGACCAUGUUUGGUCUGAAAGACAGAGUUGCACUUGCAUUCAAGUCUGAACCAAAGUCCGAGAAGGAUGGAGGGAAGGGCACAGAGGAGGAGACGAUGGGAAAGGAGGGGACGAAGCCGGGGACACCAACAUUGAAAAGCAGGGUCUACCAGAGUGUCGGUUCGAUUGGUGAUAAGGUCAAGUCUCAGGCCUCUUCACUAAGAUCGUCAUGGAAGUCUGAGACCAAAGUGGGGGCCGAUGCAAGCUCUGAGGCUGUCCCACCUGAAGGCGAACCGGUCAAAGUAAGUGCAGCGGAGCUUCAAGAGGCCAAUCCGGCGGGGCCUCCUUCAGAUCUGGCAAGCCCCGGCGCAGAAAAGACGACGGUGAAGGAGCGGGUUAUCCAGAGGGUGGGGUCUCUUACUGAGAAGAUGAAGCAGCAAGCAAACUAUGUGAAGGCGGCUUGGAAACCGGAGGACAAGAAGCCAGUUGCUGCGGACGAUCUCAGGGAUGAUGCAGAGAGUUCCAAACCAGAGGCCUCUUCAGAACUGGCUGUGGAGCCUGCGCCGAGCUAUGAGUAUGGGGAGGGGCGGGUCACAGUGUUUUCCAUCAGUGGGUGCCCCCACUGCAAGGCCGCCAAGGCGCUGCUGAAGAAGAAGGGCGUCAAGUUUGCAGAGAUCAACCUGGACGUGUUCCCAGAGAGGCGGGAGGAGAUGCAGGAGCGAACCGGGAAAAGCAGCUGCCCCCAGAUCUUCUUCAACGAGAAGCUCAUUGGGGGGAACGAUGCCCUGCAGGCACUGGAAAACGACGGGAAUCUGGAUGCAGAGCUGAAGCUUGUUCACGAAACCCCCGUUCCCUCCUCCGCCCCCGCAACCCCCGGCCCCAAUAAGUCUGCCGCCCCUGUAGCCGACGAAACCCCUGACAAGCAUCUGGAGACAGUCAAGUGGCUCCGAGAGAAGCUGGCAAUCAAGGACCGGUGGUACAAGCUGCGCAAGUAUGACCGGUGCUUCGUGGGCUCGGAAGCGGUGGACCUCGUCGUCGAAGAGAAGAAGAUCAGCCGGCACGAGGCCACGUCACUCCUCCAGCAGCUGCAGACGAAGCACUUCUUCCAUCACGUGCUACGGGAGCACUCCUUCAAGGACAGCCCCCUCUUUUACCGCCUCCUGGAGCACGAGCCGUUCGGCAAAACCGCCGCCAACUGGUCCGGCGCGACCAGCGAUUUGGAGCCGCCCCCAGCGGUCGAGCUCGGCACGCGGAUGCGCAAGAUGAUCCUCGCUGUGUACGACGAGUUCUUGUCGGACGACGGGCGCCACGUGGACUACCGCGGGAUCGCCAAGAGCGAGAUCUUCCGGAGGUACGUCAGGCUGACGCUACAGCUGCAGCGCGUGGACGUGCUGGCGCUGUCGCGCGAGGAGAAGCUGGCGUUCUUCAUCAACAUCUACAACGCCCUCGUGAUCCACGUCACCGUCGUGCUCGGCCACGGGCCCACCACGCUCGCGGUGCGGCGCCACUUCUUCACUGAGCACACCUACAUCAUUGGCGGCUCGUCCUACUCGCUGACGGCCAUUGAGAACGGGAUCCUCCGGGGCAACAAGCGGCCGCCCUUCUUUUUCUCCAAGCCCUUCGGCGACAAGGACGACCGACUGCCGGUGGCGCUGACGACACCCGAGCCGCUGAUCCACUUUGCGCUCGUGUGCGGCGCCAAGAGCUGCCCGCCCGUCAAGACGUACGAGGCCAAGGCGGUGGACGAGUCGCUUAAAGCUGCGGCGCAGGGCUUCUUCGAGGGCGGGGGCGCGACGGUCGACGUGGAGACCAAGACGAUCCACCUGAGCAAGAUCCUCAGCUGGUACAAGACUGACUUUGGCGCGACGGAUCUGGAGGUCCUCAAGUUCGUGGCCCGGUUCUUGACUCUGAAGGAGCGGGACAAAUUGGAGGCAUUGAUAGGCGAAGGAAAGUACAAGAUUGAGUACCAACCAUACGAUUGGAGUGCCAAUAGCGCAGAGUAGACGGAUCCAGCCCCCGUGUAGCCGGGUGCCCAUCAAUCGAGGCUGUUAUAUCAAUAACCCUGCCUGAUACUGACCUGCCACUGUGAUAGUUAGAAGCAG